AUGGAAUUAAAUAAUAGACUUCUUAGUUUAACUGGAACGGCAGGUGUUACACUCAAGAGUGAAUUAUAUCUGCUUCAACAAUUAAUUGUUCAACAGACAUUUUCUUUACAAAAUAAUAAUACCAAAGACUCAACAGCAUAUAAGAACUUGUCACAAAAUUUAUUCAGUGGCACGAAAAUGACUCAAAUAUUUAAUCCAAUGAUUCGGAGAUGGGCAGCUCAAAAACAAGUUACAAUAACAGUAAAUAGUAAUGCAGCCACUAAAGCAUGUGAUAUAACAGUGAAAGGACGAGAUUCGGAAAUUAGAAAAGUCAAAGAAGAAUUCGAUUCAUUUUUAGGUUGGUUACAAAUGUGUGCUGUUGUUAGACAUCCAGAUUCAGGUGUUUCUCCACGUCUUCUUCGUGCUGAAGUGCGUGCUAAUUGUGAAGAUAUUGAAGAGAGAAUUUCUCAUAUUACAGAUCCUAAACGAACAUACAUUGAUUUGUAUAAUAAUGUCAAGAGCUCAACAGCAACACGUGAAACACGAAUGGAAGUUGUUGCUUGGGUAGCUGUUUGUAAAUUUAAUUGUAAAUCACGACCAGAUAUUGCAAAUCCAAAGGAUUGGAUUGAAUAUAAGGCAAAUCGUCAUGGCGUAAAUAUUCCUUAUAUGAAUAAAGAAGUUGCUCCAGCUGAUUUAAACUGUCAUUUGUCAACAUACGGUUCAUUUGAUAUUGAGAAAUUUCAAGAUGAACUUCAUAAAUUUGGUAUGAAGUGCGAAUGUUAUCGAGAAGAAUGGAGAUAUAUUUUAUUAAUUGAUGAAAGUGUUCGAACAGGACCAUUUACUUUGGAUCUAAUUGAACCACAUGUUGCAUUGACACACGAUCGUAUUGAUUUUGAUGUUAGUAAUUUAGUGUUGGAAAAAAAUUAUACACGUGACUUAGGAAUGCGUAUUGAUAUUCAACAAAAGCCCUAUUCAAUUGAACUUGAAACAAUUAUUAAUUAUAUCAAAAAUAAAUAG